UCACUGAACGGACAAAGCUAGCAGCGCCACAGAUCAUUCCCUAUUUCUGAAUUCAAGAUCGAUAAAAUAUGAACACGGCAAAAAUUUUGCAGCAAUAUAUUUUGAUUAAGCCCAAUACUUUUCAUAAUGACGGGCAAUCACAGGCGCUGCGGUCACUUGAAAAUGCACCACAUAUUUUAUCAGAGAACGGCCAAUACCUAACGAAAAGCAUCAUCAGCUGCCAAGCCGAUUCAACAUCAUGUGUCAAGCGCACCAAAGUGUCCAGCAUGUCGCGCCGAAACGCCAGAGAACGAAGGCGCGUGAAAAUGAUCAACCUUGGUUACGAGACACUCAGAGAUCAUGUUCCGGCUGGAAUUGAGAAUAAGAAACUAAGCAAAGUGGACACUCUACGCUCAGCGGUGGACUAUAUUAAAGAGUUGCAGCAUCUUCUAGAAAUGACCAAUACCGACGGAAGUAGUAAAAAUAACGGACAGCAAUCUCAUUGUGAGACUAUUAAGCAAGAAUGUCCGUCCCCAGUGUCCACUGCUUGCUGUAACAGUCAGAUUUCCAGUACGACCACGAGUCCAUCGGACAGUGUCCACUCGAGAAGGACGGAAACGUCGACUCCUUCUGGACAAUCCUUGCAUCUUCAACCGGACAACCGUGUAGUGUCGAGAGAAGAGAAUGUGUUCAUAGACAUUGCAGAAUGGCUCUGUAGAUCAUCAGCUGGUUACCCUAGCAUAGGAAUUGGAUUUGAAGGACUGGAAACGUGAGUUUGGAAUCCGGAUAAGACUUGUUGUUAUCGGAAAACCAUGGACGAACAUUUCAUCGAAUUAUUGUUACAACGAACACUACAUGUUAAAUCUAAACAGCUGUUUUGAGACUGAGAAGAUUUGUAUCAGCAUUAUUUAUACAUAUAUACAGUGUUAACUCAGGGAAAGAUGAUAUGCAUAACCACCAAGUGACCUUUGACCCCGCGGAUCAAAUCUGUCUCUCACACGAUGUUAAUCCAACAAGAUACCGGGUAUACCUCCAAUCAAAACUAAGUAUAUUUAUUGACUUACAUAGAGAUUGAUUGGAUUAGUGCGAUAUUUCUUUGUCCAAAAAAUGUUGGAGAAUUAUUUAUAUUUUAUAAUAUGUGUCUUCAAACUGUUGAAUGCCUGGAACACCUAAAGUGCGCUUUUAUAUGUGUCACUGUGCUUAAUUUGUUAAUAAAUGACAUAUUUUCAUAAAAUUA